AUGGAUAACACGUCUUAUCCUGUCAUACUGACUCUUAUGGUGCCAAAAGAAACUAAAUCAUAUAGACAUGUAUAUAUUAUUUGCUUUUUUACCUUAUAUCUACUUAUAUUGACAAUUAAUAUAUAUAUUGUUAUGGUCAUUAUAAUAGAGAAAGCUCUUCAUGAACCAAUGUACAUAUUCUUGUGUCAUAUGUGCAUAAAUGGAGUUUAUGGCGCUUCAGGAUUCUACCCUAAAUUUCUUUCUGAUUUAAUAUUGGAUUCAUAUGUGAUCUCCUCUCCCAUGUGUACUUUACAAACCUUUGUUAUUUACAGUUCAUUACUUUCUGAGAUCACAAUAUUAACAGUGAUGGCUUAUGAUAGAUACAUAGCCAUAUGCAAACCUUUAGAGUAUCAUUCCAAAUUAACUAAAAACACCUGUGUGAAAUUAAUUUUGUUUUCAUGGAUGGUUUCUAACUCCCUCCCAGCUAUAUGUGUCCUGUUAUCAAAGUUGAGACCCUUUUGUAAAUAUCACAUUGACAAAUUAUAUUGUGACAACUGGUCAGUUGUAAAACUGUCUUGUGCAUCAUCUUUUGUUAAUAAUGUCAUUGGAUAUGCCAUAGCUGUUUUAUUUUUGAGCUUUAUAUUUUUUAUUAUUGUGUCUUACAUUAAACUGAUAUCUGCAUGUAAAGCAUCUUUAGAAAACAGAAAAAAAUUCUGGCAAACAUGUUUGCCACAUGUAUUUUCACUGAUAAAUUUCACUAUUGCUAUCCUUUUUGAUAUUAUGUAUAGUAGGUAUGGUGCAAAUGAUAUUUCAGAGAGUUUGCGUAAUUUUUUGGCUCUAGAACUGAUGAUAGUUCCACCUGUGUUCAAUCCUCUGAUCUAUGGUUUAAAUAUCAGAGCAGUGCGCAAAAGAGUUUUCACUUUGUGUUGCAUGAGGGGCUCUGAUCAAUGA